AUGGCAAGAACAAAGCAGACCGCUCGUAAAUCCACCGGAGGCAAAGCACCCAGGAAGCAGCUCGCUACUAAAGCUGCCCGCAAGAGCGCCCCAGCUACCGGCGGUGUGAAGAAGCCUCAUCGUUACAGGCCCGGUACCGUAGCGCUGCGAGAAAUCCGCCGCUAUCAGAAGUCUACUGAGCUGCUGAUCCGUAAGCUGCCUUUCCAGCGUCUGGUGAGAGAAAUCGCCCAGGACUUCAAGACUGAUCUGCGCUUCCAGAGCUCCGCCGUCAUGGCCCUGCAGGAGUCCAGCGAAGCUUAUUUGGUCGGUCUGUUUGAGGACACCAACCUGUGCGCUAUCCACGCCAAGAGGGUCACAAUCAUGCCCAAAGACAUCCAGCUGGCCCGCCGCAUUCGUGGUGAACGCGCUUAA